CGUAGUAAACAAGUAAACAGUACACUGUGCAUGCUUACCUCAACGUUCGAGAGUUUCCCAGAAAUAGAAAUAAAGUCAUUGUUGAAAAGCAACACAAAGAUUGAAUUUCUGCAAAGCAUAUUAUAUAGUAACGCUCCUGACAGGAAAGACAAACCAACCACUAAACAGGAAGUAAACAUUCAUCUUGUGGAUUGCCUGCCAAGCACUAUUUAUGGAAUGGUUGUAUCAAAUGGUGUAUUUACAGCAGAAUUUUACUUUGAUAUGCAAGGGGUUAUUUUCAAAAUGUCACCAAUGAUGAAAAUGGAUGAACAGUUCAUAGAUGGUAAACUGGUAUAUAUGACAUGCUACGAUAUCACCGAAUCCGAACGGACCAAUCUGGACUUAUCAUGUGAGAAUAUAACAAGUAUGAGACAGGAUGUUGAAAACGAGGCUGCUUUUAUUAAAGCUAGUUUUGUUGCCGACAUAAAGGAUGAUGGCACAAAAUGUAGAUGUAGUGCUAAUGAAUCUGAUAAAGAGUCGAUACUGCAGAUUCACAUAGUUCCAUACAAAGGACAUAAUGUAUCACAUAGUAAUAACGUGUGUGAAAGUAAUUCAGAGAUAAAACUCACCUGUGAAGACCAUAACUUACCAGACGUUUUUUACUUUGGAAAGUGGUUUCACCAUUAUAAUGAUGUAGAAAUAUCUCAAUUAGAUGGAGUUUCAACAGGGAAACAGACUUCUAUUCAUAUACCAUUCUGUACAUAUGAAGAUAUAGGAAAUUACUCGUGCAUCGUUACUGAUUCAAGGAAGAACACAACCGUUUUUAAUUCAACCGUCUUUCUUAGUGUGCCAGGGCCACCCGUUAUUGUAAACAGCUCUAUUAUAAAAGAUCAUUCAGAGGCAGAAUGUGUACUGAGUGUCCAAUUUUAUUCUUUGGAUGAAAAAGCAAGAAUUAUUUGGUAUAAAAAUGGAAGAUUGUUGCAUUCAUCAGAACGUCAGAGACAAAAUAUCGGUGCAGCUACUAGUCAUGUAAAUAUGCAUGACAUUGCAGUUCCUGUGAGAGCAAAGGUUGCAACACUUCAUCUGAAACCAGGUUGUGAUGUGGAUACGUCUGUAUACCGCCUGACUGUGAAAACUGCACUUUUCUCAACAUCCCAUACUUUUGAAGAGAAUGAUAACACAGUCCGCAAAGUGUUAAUAAUUUCACUGAUAAUAGCAACAGGAAUUUUCAUAGCAGGACUGAUCAUUACAAUAUGCAAAGCAACCAGGGGUAAAAAGGACAAAUUUUGGCAAAUAAAAAAGAGUCUGUAUAGUACCGUAUCCAGACGACGAAUUGAUACCCAGUUUUAUGAAGAAGUUGGAAUGGUCAUUGCGAAUAUAAGGCAAGCAGAUGAAGGAAACACAGGACAUAAUAGAGAUUCACUGACCGACAGUAAAUAUGAGCAGAUUCCUUAUGACAGAAACUGAUUAUCCUGCACAAAAGUGACUUAUA